AUGUUGCAAGUGGAGGAAGAUAUUCGAGUUGUUCUCGCCAUCGACUUUGGGACGACCUAUUCGGGAUACGCGUAUGCACACGUUAAAAAUCCUGCAAGAAUUAGUGUUGAAGACAAAUGGGAAGGAUAUGUCGGUCGCCUUAAAACCCCAACCGUUAUAAAGUAUACAGAUGAAACCUAUACUACUGUCGAUUCUUGGGGUUAUCCUGCAUUGGCUCGAAAACCAUCAAAACAAGAUAAAAUAAACUCCGAAAAAUCAAAAGGAAAAGAAAAAGAAAAGCCAUCGUCAACAAAACCUGUUGAAUUGUUUAAGUUACAUUUAUCAAAAUCUUUUAAAGGAAACCUAUCUUUACCUGAUCAUUUGGAUUAUAGAAAAGUCAUAACAGAUUAUAUGAAAGAGUUGUGGAAAUCCGUUAAAGUAUGCUUGCAAACCCAUUGGCAAGAAUUGGACUUUCACAAUCAAGUGUCGAUUAUCCUUACGGUUCCGGCGGAAUUUGCUGAUAAUGAAAUUAAAAUAGUACGCGAAUGCGCCUUUAAUGCAGGUUUGAUGAAGGAGAAAUUUAGUAAUAAUCUCCAAUUUACGACAGAACCCGAAGCCGCAGCAAUUCAUUGUUUGGAUUCGAUAGCAAAAGAAGAACAUAAUUUAGUGCCAGGAGAUUUGUUUAUGGUUGUUGACUGCGGCGGUGGCACAGUGGAUAUAACAACACGUGAAAUAUUGGAAGACAACAAAUUGGGAGAAGUAACGGUACGUGAAGGAGAUUUUUGCGGAUCAAGCUUCGUAGACGAGGCAUUCCUUAGUUUUAUUGGUAACAUAACAGGAACACACGCAAUUGAUCAAAUGAAAAAAUAUCAUUAUGAUAUAUUACAAUAUAUCGUAAAAGAAUUUAGAGCUGCAAAGUUUCCAUUUACAGGAGAAGAAACUGGAUUUGAACCUUACGAGUUCGAUUUGGAUGAAAUACAUGUCAUGAAGCAAUAUAUAGUAGGAGAAAAAAGAAAAAAUUUAGAAGAAAAAAAUUGGUAUAUCGAAAUUGGUUUUGAAGAGAUUAAAGAGAUGUUUGAUCCAGUUAUAGAAAAAAUUAUUCACUUGAUUAGAGGACAAUUGAAUCAAAUUGAAAAAAAUUGUUCGGCUAUGUUCCUAGUUGGAGGAUUUAGCGAAUCUCAAUAUUUACAAAGUAGGAUUAAAAAUGAGUUUCUUGGAGUAAUUCCAAGCAUUUCGAUUCCAACACAUCCUAUUGCAUCAGUCUUAAAUGGAG